AUGAUGUUUGUGUGCGCGCUGCCCCUGAUGUUCUGGGGAGACGCGGUACUAUACGCCGUUCACAUCCUCAACCGGAGCCCUACGCGAGCAAACGCAAAGAGAGCGUCACCACUCGAGGUGCUGACGGGCAAGACGCCGGAUCUACGUGGAAUUGACGUUUUUGGCUCCCAGUGCAGCGUGUAUAGAGACCCGCGCAAGAACUCGCUGCUGCAGCGCUCGGGGCGCGCCAUCAUUGUCGGCGUCAGCAUGGAAACCAAGGGCUACAAGGUGCUGCUGCCGCAUGACAAUAAAGAGGAGACGGACGCGCCAGCAACAGCAGUGGCGAACGAUGGUCGCGCAGAGGGCAACAGGGAGACGCGUAAAAGCAGAAAGCGAUGGACGCGAGCGGCGCAUGGAGCACCCGGGGCGUUGAAACGCGCAGAAGCGGCUGCUCGUGAGGAGGAGACAGCCGCGAGCGGAGAAGUCGUAAAUGCUGCUUUCGAGCACGAUCCGCUUAACUACGGACAGGCGGUGCGCAGCGGCAAGCGCAAAGGGUGGGAGAAGGCGAUGCAAGAAAAGAUCGCCGCGCUCGAGGCCAAUGAAGUCUGGACAAUCACAAAGCGAAAGGCAGGACAGCAUGCGCUGCACACCAAAUGGGUCUAA